AUGUGUGGAUCCUUGGUUUGUGGCGAGAGGGGAGCAGUGUUGCGUGUAUUAGUGUUCGCAGCGCACUCUUCCACCAUUGCAGGCGGAGCAUGUAAACUACGACUACACGUUUACUUUCCCCGAUGGACCCGACGCCUCGAAUUCAUGAAGGAGAGGUGGAUCAGAGAUGGGAUUUCUGUGCCCGGCUACUGGGAAGCGUUCCUCUCAGCCACUUCCAUUCCUGAUCACCAGGAUUACUCGAACGCCGUGUCGAUGACCGAUUAUGAGCCUUCCAUUUUACAGAGCGAUUAG